AUGAAAGCCGCCCGCUACUACGGCAAAGAAGACAUCCAGAUCAAAGACGACAUUCCCAUCCCCGAAUGUGGAGACGAUCAAGUUCUGAUCCAACCUGCUUUUGUGGGCGUGUGCGGGACGGAUUUGCAUGAGUACAUGGGCGGACCAAACUUCUCCCCAACAUCUGCGCACCCCGUCACAAAAGAGAAAAUCCCCAUCACCAUCGGCCAUGAAUUCUCCGGCACGAUCAAGUCCUUCGGCAAAAACGUCACAGGCCUCACCGUCGGUCAACAAGUCGCCAUCCAACCCACCAUCUUCUGCGGCCAAUGCGGUGCCUGCGGCGUCAACGCCGAAAACGCCUGCCCCUCAGGCGGCUUCAUCGGCCUCUCGGGCGGCGGCGGCGGCAUGUCCGAAUUCGUCACCGUGCCCCACCGCGCCGUCUUCCCCCUCCCCGCAUCCGUACCCCUCGACAUCGGCGCUCUCGUCGAACCCCUCGCCGUAGCCUGGCACGCCGUCGACGCCAGUCCCAUCGCCGAAUACCCCGCCGGCGCCGAGCCGAAAUGUAUGGUCCUCGGCGGUGGACCGAUCGGACUAGCCGUCGUGCAGGUGUUGUUGGCACGCGGAUGCAGCACGGUGAUAUGCGUAGAGGUGGCGAAGAAGAGACAACAAUUCGCGAAAGAUUUCGGAGCGAGUCAUGUCCUCGACCCGACGAAGGAGGAUAUCGCGACGAAAGCGCUGGAGAUAUGCGGCGGCAAGAACGGGCCGGAUAUCAUCUUCGACUGCGCUGGCGUGCCGCAGUCCCUUGAAACGGCUUGCAAGUCCGUCCGUUCACGAGGGACGGUCAUCAAUGUUGCGAUUUGGGAGAAGGAAGUGCCGUUUAAUCCGAAUUGGUUGGUGUUUCGCGAGGCGAGUUACAAGGCCGUCCUGGGGUAUCAGGCGAAAGACUUCCUGGGGGUGGUGGAUGCGUUGGGAGAAGGGAGGUUGAAGCCGCAGGGGAUGAUUACGAGUAAAGUCAAGAUGGGGGAAUUGGUGGAGAAGGCGUAUUUGCCGUUGAUUCAUGAGAAGGAUGAGCAUGUUAAGAUUUUGGUGGAUAUGCAGGGGAGUUUAUAG